GUUCAUAUUUACAAUAGUUUCUAUCACGGGUAGGCGAGGCGUUCCUCCCUCAAGGUCACUACUGCAGCCCUUUAAAGAUUCCAGAUUCCAGAAGGGAGUCCUCUUCCCCCUCUCCCUCCCCCUCCCUCCCCUCUCCCUCCUCUCCCUUCUCUCCCACGCCUCAGAAGGGUCACGCCAUGGCAGCCGCGGUGACCCUUCUCUUAGCGGUGACCUUGUGUGCCCAGGGAACUCUCGCUGACCCCCAGAGAACGCUCAAUCCCUCGCGGCCAAAAGCAUUCGACUUUGCGGCGGAUGCAGAGAACAUCGUGGGGCAGCUGAACGCGAACUUCUCCUGCGACGGCCUGGAGUAUGGGUACUACGCGGACCAGAACCACGGCUGCCAGGUCUUCCACAUCUGCAUGCCGGUCAAGACUGCCACGGGGAGGAUCCUUGACACCUUCCAGUUCAGCUUCUUCUGCCCGAACCAGACACGAUUCAGCCAAGACUCACGCACAUGCAUCGCCAAGGAGCGAGCCUUCCCCUGCCACAAAGCACACACUCUCUACGACCUCAACAGCCACAUCGGUCAGCGCCCCGUCAAGAGGAAGAAGCCCAUUGACCCAGACGCCCCUCUGCCUUCACCUCACAGAUUUAGCGUCGGCAGAUCCCAAGCGUCCUCCUCCUUCACAGACGAUGUAGGGUCCUUCGAGGGAUCCUUCGAAGUCAAAGAAUCUGAGUUCGAGUCAUCAACGUCAUUCUCGUCGCAAGAUUCCUCUCACUUCCUGCAGGAUUCUAACACGCCCGUUCACGUGGACUCAGAUCUGCAGGUUGGAAGGUCCGUUCUCUCGACUCCUCCCGCCGGUUCUACUUCCUCCUCGUCCUCCUUCAGUUCUCGUGGUUCGCAGUUUUCAUCAACCACGGGGACUGGUCAGUCUAAUAGCCAGUCACAGACGGGACAGUUCACCAAUAGCCAAUCACACAGUCAGUCUACAGCAUUCAGCCAAUCAGGUGAUCAGAGUGCGAGUCGAAGCGGUGGAUUAGCCAAUAGCCAUUCAGGAAUUCAGACAGGAGGCCACAAUGAAGAAAGCAACGGUGGAUUCGUCAGUGGCCAAUCAGCUGGUCGGAAUAGAGGCUUUAGUCAAUCAGGUUCCUUCAAGCAGACCAGUGGACCCGCAACAGCAAACCAGAUCCUCCAGUCCCCCGAGCCGACCAUUCCCACCGGGGCUCAGGUGUUCUCAACCGUCUCCAUCAACCGCCAGAACUCUCUGUCUCGAGGGACGCUCACCAACACUGACUCCUCGUCUGUCACUCCUCCUUCCUCCCUUGGUUCCUCCUCUUCCUUCACCCAGGCAUCUUCUUUCGGCUCUUCCUCCACUUCCUUCGGCUCCUCAUCUUUUACUUCCUCUCCUUCCUCCUCCUCUUUCGAUUCUUCUUCAUCUUUUGCUCCUACAACCUCCUCUUCCUCCGCAUCCUUUUCCUCUGGUUCCUCUUCCUCCUUCUCCGGUACGGGGGGAGUGCGCGGCACCUCCUCCACUAAUCCCUCCCUCGGCGGCGUGAGAUCAACAACAGGAAGCACGCCAGGUGAUGCAGACCUGGCGACAGGAAGCAUCGUCUCUGAUAACCAAGGAUCCGCCGCUGCCGCCGCCUCGUCCUCGCGCUCGAAUACCAACAGAAAUGAAGUUGUUAAUGGCUUUGCACAGAGGGUCAGGCAGCACUCCGAUUCCCUUCACUCCUCGCGCUUCAAUGGAGGGGCUUUCGUGGAGGCGAACAGCGUGGAGGGAGGUCCGUCGCCAGGCUCCGCUGCGGCCUCCUUCACCCCCUCACACAGGCUCGAUGCGGGAAGCGUGGCUGGAGCGAGUGGCGGAAGAGGCGGCGUGGAUGUCAGCGUUAACAGUGUGUCAGGGGGCUCAGUGGCGCUAACUGGCCGUGAAUUAGGGACAGGUGUCUCCUCCAUUGUUCCUGUGCCUACCAAGCAACCAACACAUCCCACCACCAUCACCACCAGGCAGCCACCAUUCCCCCUCAGCCAGUCCUCGGCCUUCUCCCCCUCACAACCAUCCACCAUCACUACCAGACAACCACUCCGCCCCACCAGCCAGGCAAGCUUCUCUACACGCCAGCCAGGAAGCCCCACCACAUCCCCACGUUUCACCCCCACCCAGGCUGCACCACCACAAGCAUUUUCAAGCCCUCUUUCAAGCACCCAGGCGGCGUCCACCUCGCGCCAGCCAGUUACCCGGCAGACCACAAGUGUGCCUUUCAAAAUCCCAGGGUUUUCGGCAGGAGUGGUGAGGGUUGGGGGGGAGGUGAGGGAGGGGAGCGGCGUCCAGCCCUUCAACAGCCUCUCCACUUCACGUCGCGGGGAGAAGGACUCACUGGCAGCGUCUGGAGCACAUGGCGACACUACUGGAAUUAAUCACGCUGGAUUUACCUCUUCUCCUUCCUCCUCGUUUUCCUCUUCCUCUCUUUCCUCUCCUUCAUCAUCACCAGCCCUUCAGUCCUCAUCUUUCAACUCCCACGCUUCCUCCUCAUUCUCCUCCUCCUCCUCUUCGUCGGGUGUAAGAGGUAAUGCAGCCUCCUCUCUUGGAUCAGGGAGUCUCUCUAACACCAUCCGCGGAUCGACACUCCCAGCCUCAGAAGCCGCAUCCAGUUCAAGAGUAGGAGGAUCAGCAUCUGGCUCCCGUGGCUCUCUCAGUAACACGGCCUCGGGUUCUGCAGGAUCAAGAGGCUCUAUUUCCUCCUCCUUCGGUUCCCAGGGAGACAAUCAAGUUUCCAGCGGUUCUCUUGGCGCCACUUCCACUUCUUCCUUCAGAGGAUCCACCAGCUUCAGCUCCCAAGGUCGUGGAACAAUUCAAGGUUCAGCCGGUUCACAAAACACCCAUGGAUCUUUCGGUUCACAGGGCUCUACUUCCGCCAACUCACAAGGAUCCUUCAGCGCUAACUCCUUUGGUAAUCAUGGAUCAUUCAGCAAUCAAGGAUCAGCUGGUACUCAGAGCGUCCGUGGAUCACAAGGCUCGCAAGCUUCCAGUGCUGUUACAUCUCAAGGAUCAUCGUUCAGCUCACAAGGGAACCGCGGAUCACUGAACAGGCAGAGUCUUGGUAGCACACAGAACACUCAGGGAUCAUUCAAUACCCAGGGAACAUCACAAGGAUCCUUCAACACCCUAGGAACAUCACAAGGAUCCUUCAGCACCCAAGGAACUUCACAAGGAUCACACAACACGCAGGGAACAUCACAAGGAUCAUUUACCACCCUAGGAACAGGUUCACGAGGAUCCUUUAACAGCCAGGGAACAUCACAAGGAUCCUUCAACACCCAAGGAACAUCACAAGGAUCACGUAACACUCAAGGGACAUCACAAGGAUCACGCAACACGCAGGGAGCAUCACAAGGAUCUUUCAACACACUAGGAACAUCACAAGGAUCUUUCAACACACUAGGAACAUCACAAGGAUCCUUUAAUACCCAAGGAACAUCACAAGGAUCACGCAACACGCAGGGAGCAUCACAAGGAUCCUUCAACACACUAGGAACAUCACACGGGUCACGUAACAUUCAAGGAACAUCACAAGGAUCCUUCAACACUCAAGGGACAUCACAAGGAUCAUUCAACACUCAAGGGACAUCACAAGGAUCAUUCAACACCCAAGGAACAUCACAGGGAUCCUUCAACACUCAAGGAACAUCACAAGGAUCACGUAACACUCAAGGAACAUCACAAGGAUCCUUCAACACCCAAGGAACAUCACAAGGAUCACGUAACACUCAAGGAACAUCACAAGGAUCCUUCACCACUCAAGGAACAUCACAAGGAUCACGUAACACUCAAGGAACAUCACAAGGAUCCUUCAACACACUAGGAACAUCACACGGGUCACGUAACAUUCAAGGAACAUCACAAGGAUCCUUCAGCACCCAAGGAACAUCACAAGGAUUCCUCAGUUCACAUAACACUCAAGGACACAACGCAGUCCACGGAAGCUUCGACAGCAAGCACAGCACAUCGUCCCUGAAUAAUCAAGGAUCAGUGGGCACGUCGGGACUCCCUUCAGUCAGCACACAGGGAUUCCACACGCAGCACUCCAGAGGCUCUUCCACCCACAGUAACACUCAGGACUCCACCUCCACCUCCACACACUCUCAAGGAUCGGUUAGUCAGAACGCAAAUACAGUCGCCUCCAGUGAAUCAAGUGGUUUCCAGAGCUCCCGGGGAUCCGUCAGCACUGGAUCAGCAUCAUCGUCUAGUGCUGGAGUAAGAGGAGUAAGAGUUGGAGGAUCAGUAAGUGGAGGGGCAAGAACAAGCAUAAGAGGAAGGACGAGGACAGGACAAGUAGGAGUAUCGACACAAGAAGGAUCGGAGGGGACAUCAGCAGGGGCUUCAGUAUCAGUAAGAGGAGCACAUGUUACAAUUCCCCGCGGGGAUGUAACAGCGUUAACAGCGGCAGAGAGGGUCGCCCAUGAGAUCCACCAGACGCGCGCCACGACUAGAUCAUCCCCGACCUCGAGACCCAUCACCAGGAGCCGAGGGAAGAAGAAAUUCACCCCCAGUCCUUACCUCCUCCAGACCGCCUUCUGGACCUCCAACGGCGCCGCGGUCAAUGGCGCCUCUCAAUCCAUCCCCCGAGGUGGCCACAGGUUUUCAGGUGGUGCAGGAUCCUCCAGAGCGACUCAAACUUCAACUACGACCACUACUCAAAGGGAUCGUGUGGGGAAUUCCCUAGGGGCACAAGUUCAGGGUGGUUCUGGGAGAGUAGAGGAAGAGGCUGCAAGGGAGUCACCUGUACCGCAACAAAGUUCUUCUUCAGGCAGUUCCUCGUCUAUUGGUUCCUCAUUCGUGUCUUCCCAAGGGUCUGGUGUCUCAUCAACAUUCCAUCAGACAGGAUUCCACGAGUCACCGAUCUCUCACGCCUCCAGCUUGAGUGGAUCUUCACGACACCGCGGGCCGUCUGUGAACCAAGACCAGCCGGCGUCCAGGGUAUCCUCGAGGGGGAGAGGGAGCCCUGUGUCCUCCUCCGUGCAGGCCAUCAACGCCCUCACUCGCACGGCCUCAUCUGCUGUUGAUCUUAAUGAGGAUUCACAGGAUUUCAGCAACAAAGGAUCAGUUACAGCCUCACAAGAUACAAGAACGACCAGUGGAUCUGUUGGUCAAGGCUCACAGGGCAUCAGGACAAGUGGAUCAGUCAGUCAAAGCUCACAAAAUACAAGGACGACAAGUGGAUCAGUCAGUGAACGCUCACAAGAUACUCGCAGAGCCGGUGGAUCAGUUAGUCGAACAUACCAAGAAAUCGAUAGGACUAGCGGAUCAACUAGCCAAGGCUCACAAGGUAAAAGCAGUGGAUCAGCCAGUCAAGGAUCACAAGGCGCCAUCAGAGCCAGUGGGUCAUUCGGCAAAACCUACCAAGAAAUUGAGAGGACAAGUGCAUCAGUCAGUGGAGCGUCAGGAGGUACCGGCAGCACCAGUGGGUCUGUCAGUCAAGGGUCACACGACAUCGCAAGAGUUAACGAGGCAUUCGAGUCACAAAACGACAACGACAAUGGAAUCUUUACUCCCAGCGAGACGACCACGGACGAACCAGAGUACCUCCCCACGACGAAGUUCGAGGACGAGGAGACGACUGAGGCUAACUUCGUCGAAGAGGCUGACCCAGCAACGACCUACAGACCAGAGGCUUCAGCGACGACCACCACUCCACCCCCGCGGACUCCGGGAAAGGCCCUUACUUCCAGGAUCUCCAGUACCAGAGGAUCAGCCAGAUUUUCCAGCAACUCCAUCAGGACCUCUUCCAGAAACAGCCAAGUGAGUAGAGGAAGAGGAAGAGGUCAAACUCAAACUACUACUACUUCCACAACUACUACUACUAAUGCUACUCCUGCCACGACUGCUACGACCCCCGCCACACCUGCCAAUCGUCGUAGGCUCAAUCGUCCUUCAAUACGACGACUGCAAAUAAACAGACCAGGAUCACGUAAGCAGGAAGACACCACCGCCUCCCCCACGACUACCACGACUGCCCCACAAACCACAAAGCCCCGUGUCAGUCUGCUCAGGCGACCCAGCAUCAGAGGUUCCGGGAGGACGACCACAACGACCACUACCGCUACUAAUGCUGCUGCUGGUACUGAAGCCAUCACGGAGAGCUCGAAGACGGAAGCUAAGCAAGACCAGACGACCACAGAAAGCACAAGGCGAAGAGGUUCCACCAGGAUAAGAGUCAGAGGUCGUCCUGAUACCCGAAGUCAAAGAAACGAAGUCAGAACUACGACGACUUCAGCACCACCAACCAGAAAUGAAGUACGACCUGUCACUACCACAGCACCACAGCCACGACCAGCAGCACCGGACAGAAACGAAGUACGACCUGCGACAACUCGAGCACCACAACCGCGACCAGCACCACCAGCCCCAGCAGGCAGCACAACCACCACCACGGGACUAAGCGAAGAGGAAAACCAAAGGAAGAAGAUCCUGGAUGCCUUAGCAAAGUUCAAUCCAUCACUAGCGAACUCGAGAAUCCUUUCCUUCCGCAUCAUUCCCAACGACAAGAAGAAGGAGGAGCAGCCCCAGCAGCCCCAAGCAGGAGUGAAGCAGGAAAGAGACAUUACCUGGAUCACACCCUCAGGAAUUCAGCCAUCAUCACGCUCGCUUACAUCAGCCACAGGAAGCUUGGGAAAUGAGGCGACUGCAACGACUGCAUCUCCACCUUCCACCACUGCCAAGACCACUACCACCACCACCAGGACCCCCACGAGGCCAUCCACUAGGGGAAGAUUCAGACCACUUGUUGUAAAGCCCAAUGGACGAGACACGGAAACCACCACGCCUGCGCCAGAGACUGUCACGACCACUGCUGCGUCUCGCGUUGUCAGUCCAUCCAGACGAAGACUCAUUAACCGCAGGCGAGGUUCUUCUUCAGCAACGACCACGGAAGCUCCCGAAGAGACGACCACAGUGCCAGAAGAGGAGGUAGAGGCAAGUACAGCACGCACAACCACCAGAGGCACCAGCAGCCGAUUCUCCAGCAGGACACUCAACCUGCACACUGAGGAAGGAGCCACCGUCAGCACUUCGUCAGUAACGCCACCCAGCGAGGUCCUCACGCCGCCCCCGCCGAUAAAGAGGCCGCCAGGAAAUGUGCGAAGGAAAAUAUUGAAGAAAGUCACUCGAGUAUCUAAUGCCGAUGAUCUUCCUUCCUCUCUCCUCCCUCAGAAUAGCUUGUCUUCUGAUUCCUCCUCCUCCUCCUCUUCUCCCUCUUCCUCAUCCUCUACCUCUUCUUCACCCUCUUCCACCUCCUCCUCGGCCUCCUCCACCUCCUCCUCCAGUACCACUGCCACUUCUGCCUCCUCCAGUUCAAAAGGGAACCUGAGAGUGGUGGGAACAAGUGUACAGACAAGCGUGUCCCGAAGAACCUCCACCACUAACACACUCACCUCCCGUACAUCAGCAGCGUCAGACAGGCGCUCCUCCUCCUCCUUCCGCAGAGUGACUAGACCCUCCUCCUCCUCCUCCUCUCCUUCCUCAUCUACAAACACCAUAGCAGAACAAGAAACAGAGACACUUUCCUCCUCUUCCAAAAUCAACACAGGUGACGAAACUUCGAAGACUGAAGCAGAAGAGACUGAAACGAAUACACGAACCAAUACCUCGAGACGCUCACGAUUUCAAAGCUCCAGGGGAAGGACUCGAUUCACUCCCCCAUCCUCCUCUUCCUCCUCUUCUUCCUCCUCAGCCAGCAACAGGAGUUGAUUCACAGCCAUAUUAAACUUUUGAAUAUAUAUUAAUAUCGCCAUGAUACACAAACACCUGCGCGCAUUACCUACAUGUAUAAGAUAGUUUACCUGUUUUGUACUUUUUUAAACCUUCAUUCAGUAUUUUUUUCUUUUCCAUAUUUUAACCAUAUUUUUUUCUUCUGUAUUUUCAAGUUUAUGAUAAGUUUCCAUUUUUUUUUCAUCUCCUUAAUCUAAAACUUUUUUUCUUCUUCCUCUUUUCUCUUCCAUAUUUCUUCCUUAUUUUCUUCAUAUUUUUCUUCUGUAUUUCUCAAGUCUACGAUAAAUUUCUAGUCCUUUUUUUUUAUCUCCUUUAUUUCCUUAAUCUAACUUUCUUCUCCUUCUUAUCUUCUUUUCCUCUUCCUCCUUCUCCUCCUCCACAAACGGUGUAUAGACAAGAUCUUUUUAACAUUACUUAUAUAUGUCUUUUUUACCCAUUACCAUUUAUGUAUUAUAAUAAUUUAAGGCCAAAAUAAAGAACUUUGAU